UUCGUCCCUAUGGGCCAUAGUGCCUUGCAAUAAAGAAAGAAGAAAUGGUUUUACAUCUGCAUAAUCUACGAUUGGUGAUGUACACAUUUAGAUAUCGUUCACAGGUCACAAUGUUGACAAUACGAUGCAGUACCAAGGUCACAUACUAGGGGGACCAAAAUUGACCAAGAUGUUGCUUUCCCCAACAUAUCAAAUACCUCCUCUACCCAGAUAUCAAAUACCAUGAUCAUAAUCCAUCGAGAGGUUGAUGCUAACCACAAAAAUCCGGAAACACAGACACACACAGACACACUCAAACCUGCAUCUCCAUUUUUCACGGAGAUAAAGAUGGUGAUGAUGAAGGCAGGGUGGCCUGAUUGUGGAGACGUCGUCUGACCCAAGUAAUGCUACGGCCGUAUUUGCAUCGGCGUCCGCAUUGGGUGUAGCCCCGGCCGGACAGGUGUGAAAGUUGCCCAGCCCAAUAUUUCCUCCUUGGGGUAGUGCACGUACGUCGAGCAAUAUGCUUCAUUCCUGUUACGGCGGCCAGGUUCCGCCCAGCAACCGAGGAAAGCUGUAACGUUAUUCCUUUAAAUAGUAUACGAAAACAUCCAUUUGAGUAUUAUGUUAAACCUAUUUCAAACUGGCGUUAUCCGUCACACAACAACAUAGAUUUUAGACGUAAGAAACUGUUCGGAGCUCUUCGAACAUGAUUUUCAUUACCUGUUCUAUCUAAUAACCUCGGCACUUUUUUAAAAAUUUCCUCGCCGAGACUUCUCAUCAAGGCUAGACGGAAAGGUCAUUGACUUAGAGAAAGGUGAGGCCAAUAGGUAUCACGUGAACUAUGACGUAAGGUUUAAGGGUCGUUGUCUUCGGGAGGGACGUUUGUUUGGGCUCAACCAUCGAAGCCCAACCCCAAUGGCAAUGGGUAUAUAGUUGUUAACUGCCAGAUUCUUCGUGCUAUGGUAAUCAUUAUUUUAUAUAUACCACAAGAUAGCCGGGUCUUUGCACUGUAAGUGAUAGUAUAGAGUUUGUGGACGUGUUAAUUUGUGUGCAUAAGACGUUUUUUGUUACCCGCCAAACAACCUGUUCUUAUCAAAGUACCCCCGAACUUUUAAGUAAACAGGAAUGUCGAUAACGCCCCCACGAAGAGUCACAUGAAAACGUAGCAUGUUCUCUAUGACUAUGUGCCCAAAGAUGUCGCUUAUUCCGACAAUCCUAGCCGUCUUGUGCGUGUCCAGCGCUGGGGCCUCGGUCGGGCUAGCGGCGGACGAGCCCGCUCCUCCCGUAGGACACUUCGUGUUGACUAAGAAGCCGCUGGUCGGCAAGCCCGAACCAUGUUUGCUUCUGGAUAUCUCCGCCAUGUUCCACGUGGGCUACGCCAAGACGGACAACACCACGGCCACUGUGUCCUUCGCCCUCUCGAACAACAGCAUGGUCAGCGGAGACUGUUCUCAUCUCACCGACGAAAGACACGCGCAACUAAACCUCGGCUUCGGGAGUGAGUACGGUCUCGGCUUGGAUGGAACCUUUGGACUAGAGCUUACAUUUGAGCGAAACGGGAUCUUCACCCACUUUUACCUGUCUGAUGCCACCAUGUAUUACAAACUAGUGCCGGACAUGUUUCCCGACGCAAAAGACGCAAACACUACGUCGUCGGGGUCGUCAAAAGAACAGUUCUUCUACACGUCAUCCAACGCCUUUGCUCCGCAUUCCUACAGUUGUGACAAACCACAAACCAUGGAGUUCACCUUUAGUAAAUCAAGCAUGCCAAAGUCUACCCUGACCAUCCACUCUAUCCAUGUCCAGCCCUUCUAUGUUCCCCACGAUGGGAAGUUCUCUCCUGCUGAGACGUGCCCGGACCUCAUCACGACUACGCCCGGCCCCUAUACCACCCCGUCUCCUCUCAUACCAGUCGGACAUUUCUCUCUCAAUGACACCAAGGGAAACCCGUGUUUUCUACUGUCUGUGGGUAUGGAGUUUCGUGUCGAGUAUGAGGGGAAAGACAACACCACGUACAACGCCACCUACGUUCUUCCACGAAACAGCACCGUCGGGGGAGCUUGUGGGGACUCCAAGGCAACUAUCGCGCUCUCCUUCUUCAAAGGCUUCAACUUCACCGUAACCUUCAAGACACCAGAUACCAGCAUCUUCGAACUAGUCCGUGCUUCAGUCGGGUACGUACGAGACCCAAAGCUCUUCCCGGACGCCAAAUCUCCCGGGACAGCGGUGAAUGAAGAACAGACAGAUGGCCCGUCUCUGUUUGUAACCGAAGUCGGCAAGUCGUACUUGUGUAAAUCUCUCCAAUUCUUCGACGUUGGCAGCACGGUCCAUCUGAUGGUCUCCGACCUGCAGGUUCAGCCUUUCGCGGUCAAUAGCACGAACUUCAGCGAGGCUUCCGAGUGCGCGCAAGACUUUCCAUCGACGAUGAUGCCCAUUCAAAAUGCCACAACCAUUCUUCCACUUAACACUACUGCGGCCACCAUGGCACCUAUUGGCAACGUGACCACAGUACUUCCUUCCAACAUUACCGCUACUCUCGUUCCCAUUCUUAACGGGACCACCGUAAACCCAUCUAACGUGACCGUGGUCCCGAUCGAGAACGCUACGACCAUAAUGACCACUCCCAAGCCCACCACACCUCCUAAAGAACCACCACAAGGUCACUUUGAGGUCAAGGACAAAAAUGGCAACGCCUGUCUCCUGGCCAACAUGAGCCUGCAGUUCAGUAUCAAUUACACAAAGACUGACAAGAAAAAGCACACCGGUGUGUUUGACUUACCCAAAACUGCCAAGGCCACCGGUUUCUGUGGUUCGGACAACUCCAGCUUGACCUUGACGUUUCACGAUGACAACUUCAACGUGACGUUUGACUUCGUCAAAGACAAAAAAGUAAAAGGCAACGGCGUCAGUCGCUUCAACGUGUCUACCAUCGAGAUAUCAUAUACGGAGAUUCCGUCCAUCUUCCACGGGACUAAUAGCCCAGACGCCCGCAGACAUGUUACAAACAGCACGAUGGACAUCUUCUCCGCAGACGCAGACAAGUCCUACAAGUGUAACGCAGACGUGGACAUCACCGUUACUAAGGACGUUUCCAUCCUCGCCAGUCAUGUCCAGCUCCAGCCGUUUGGAGUCGAGAAGUCGGGCAAGUUUUCGUCGGCUGAAGAAUGCUCGGAGGACUCAGGCAGCAACACUGUGCCUGUUAUCAUCGGUGUUGUUGUUGGCGUAGUCGUCGUUGUUGUGUUUGUCGCGUACAUUGUCGUCAGCAAACGGAAGGCGAGUACCGCAAAGUUCACAACCCUCAAUUAAGCUUUGCGACUGGUCCGUCUUGACCACGACUGGUCGUUAUAAUUGUUGCUGUUGCUGUUUUCUCAGUUGAGUGUUGCUUGUAUCGCAUACAACGUUUGCUAUAAGAAAAGUUCCGAGCCUCUUUUUUUUACCUUAACAGCAAUUUAAUUCUUAGAAGUAAGCAACGUUUGAACGUUAGGACACUACUUAAAUGCUCUACUAUAGUAUUUUUUACUUCGUCCCAACAACCCGAAUAGUUCGAGAGAUAGAAAUGACUUUGUAGGGAUGCUGCUCUACUGAUGUUGAUGAUAAGUAGAAUAUGUCAGAUCUAGCUAUAUAUAGAUAUAAUUUCUCUCAAAUUUUCCUUCCUAUUCAAUUGAAUGCCUAAUACAAUGUUAUUGAUGUUUAUAUAAAGCAAAUAUCAAAUUUUACUGCACUGCUUUCGUAGAUGGUCGAUGCAUGUCUUCUGUGCAUGUAGGUCGAAAGUACAUUUAAAUACUGCAAUGUAAGGAAGAUAAUAGAGAUAGUCGGAUUGUGUAAGAUAACGUUUUGAUGUAACCCAUGUCAUCUGCUCCCAACCUAGCUGGGCUCAAACUUAGAAAUGUGCAGGUUUUGCAAUUGUAUACAAAAUGAUGGGGUUUACUCUGCUAUCAGCUGUACUGUACAAAGUGGAAGCAAUAGGCUUUGAUUAAAAAAGCGAACAAUAAAAUCUGCAAUGUGUGUCUGA